AUGGUUUUCAAUUCAGAUGGUGAUUUAUACUUUUCAGAAGAAUUGAAUAGAAUUAAAAAGCUCAGUAAUGGACAAGUAACAACUUUGGUUGGAAAUGAAGCCAAUGGUUAUUCUGGAGAUGGUACUUUAGCACAAAAUGCACAGGUUAAUUUACCAUCUGGUUUAGCUAUCAAACCAGGAACUAAUUUCGAAUGGAACUAUUAUAACAAUUACACUGUUGGGGUUGAUAUGGGAAGCUUUGAUGGAGAUUUGGCCAUAAAUGCAGGACUGAACUUUCCAUUUGGAUUAAUUGUCACUCCCGCAGAUGAAAUUGUUUUUGUUGAUGUAGUCAAUCAUAGAAUUUGUAUUGUUUUCUCAAAUGGAACUAUCAAUACUAUUGCAGGUAAUGGGAAGAGUGGAUUUAGUGCAGAUGGUCAAUUGGCAACUCUUCGUUGGAUUUGA